AUGUCGACAAACCUGUUCACGAGCAGUGUUUUCCCACCGAAAAGGUAUCAGUACCCGGCGGCGGUUGGAUUGCAAGCUUGCUCUUCCGUCUCUCUGUUGCACCAGCAGCAGGAAAGGGGAAAGGUCUUUCCACUGUCUCUCACCACCCGUGCAAAGAUUCAGCAACUUCAGAGAGAAUCUCCUCUGGCCUCUUUGUCUUUCGGGGCGCAGACGGUGACGUAUCCUCCGAACCUGAUCACGAGGAACGAACUUAUCAAUGCUCGAGCAGAGAUGAUACUGCACGAGGAAUUGCAGAAGCAGCGUGCGUUGGAGAUGGUUGUAAACAGGCAGGAAAUCCGUCUCCGCAGCAGCCUUGCUACGCGGUUUGAGCCCUCGACUGACUAUCGUAUUGCUGGGCUUGGCACCACGGCGAGCGGACCACCUCGUGCUGGCAGAAAGGUGCUGUCUACCCUUGAGAGACAAUUCCUGCCCGUUGCCUUGUCGCCGCAGCUUCGAUUGUCCCCCGUCGAAGGCCUCAACGCCGCUCCCAAGUGCCCAAGCCAAGAAGGAACUAGACAGGAUGAAUGCCACAGUGAUGUUAUGGAGUCCGACGAAGAGUACUUUGGCCAGGAAGACGAUAGAGGAGCCGCGGGCCACUUGGCUUGGACUGAUCAAGACUUGAAGCGGUUGCGAGAGAACUUCCCCCUCCGGCUCUAUCGUAUUCUCUACGAAGCGGAGAGGAAUGGAUUCUCAGAUAUCAUAUCCUUCCUGCCCAAUGGCCGUGCCUUCAAGGUCCACGACCGCGAUCGGUUCCUUCGAGAUAUCAUGCCUCGAUACUUUGGAGGCAGCAGUCGCACCAACACCUUUCUCAAACAGCUGAACCUCUAUAAUUUCCAACGUCAGGGGGACGGGAAGGACAAAGGAGCCUAUUCCCAUCCAUACUUUUUUCGAGGACAGCGUCACUUGUGCCGGCUCGUAUUGCGAAAGAAAACGCGCAUCCCCAAAGCAGUGCUCCUUGCUCGGGAGCAGGAAAAGGCAGAACUGGAGAGGCAACUGGAUUCCGAGAACGAAGUGAAGCCAGUUGACAGCGAUGUCUACGAAGAUGAUGAAGAGUAA